CCGCUGUUCUCUGCACCUUGUGGAGGGCGGAGCUCCCUGGAGGCCCAGUCUGGGCUGGUCCCCGGGAGUGCACAGCCAGCUCAGCUUCCUGGUCACACGGUGCUUCCCGGGCUGGCUGUGGCCCUGGGCAGGCUGGCUCUUGGCCUUGGGUGGCAGUGUCUGUGCCUGCGUGCAAGCAUGGGUGCUCUGCGUGGGGCCGGGCGCACCUGCCGGCUGCUGCUCCUGGCUCUGGGCCCUCCCACCUGUGAGCAGUCCCAGCGCCGCCCCCCUGAGGCCCGGAGCCCACACAUUAGCAUGUAGUGGGCCUGACCCAGCCGUGCGGUGGGAGGAGCUGCUUCUGCAGGGAGCCCCAGCACAGCCCCCCGGAACUCCGCGCCGUCCGCUGCUCUCUCCGGUGACCAGCCGUUGCGGCCCGCGGCCCUGAGCCCCGCCAUGGAGGACGGGCAUGAGCUGGACCUCACCUACAUCACGGAGCGCAUCAUCGCCGUGUCAUUCCCCGCUGGUGGCUGCGAGGAGUCCUACCUGCGCCACCUGCAGGAGGUCACGCGGAUGCUCAAGUCCAAGCACGGCGACAACUACCUGGUGUUAAACCUUUCGGAGAAGAGGUAUGACCUUGCAAAGCUCAACCCAAAGAUCAUGGACGUGGGAUGGCCGGAGCUGCACGCGCCGCCCCUGGACAAGAUGUGCACCAUCUGCAAAGCGCAGGAGUCCUGGCUCAACAGCGACCCCCAGCACGUGGUGGUCAUCCACUGCAGGGGUGGCACAGGUCGCAUAGGAGUGGUCAUCUCGUCCUACAUGCACUUCACCAACGUCUCGGCCAGUGCCGACCAGGCCCUCGACAGAUUUGCCAUGAAGAAGUUCUACGACGACAAAGUGGCAGCUUUGAUGCAGCCUUCUCAGAAGCGCUACGUGCAGUUUCUCAGCGGGCUGCUGUCCGGCGCCGUGAAGAUGAACGCCUCGCCCCUCUUCCUGCAUUGCGUGGUCCUGCACGGCACCCCCAGCUUCGACGCGGGGGGAGCUUGCCGGCCCUUCCUGAAGCUCUACCAGGCCAUGCAGCCCGUGUACACCUCAGCCAUCCACAACGUGGGCCCAGAGAACCCAGGCAGGAUCUGUCUCGCGGUGGAGCCGGCCCAGCUGCUGAAGGGGGACGUCAUGGUGAAGUGCUACCACAAGAAGCAGCGCUCGGCCACGCGGGACGUCAUCUUCCGGCUGCAGUUCCACACGGGGGCCGUGCAGGGCUACAGGCUCCUGUUUGGGAAGGAGGAGCUGGACGGCGCCUGCAGAGAUGACCGUUUCCCUGACUACGGAAAGGUGGAGUUGGUGUUCUCAGCAUCGCCCGAGAAAAUGCAAGGCGCUGAGCAUCUGCACAAUGACCACGGAGUGACCGUGGACUACAACACCGCCGACCCGCUGAUCCGCUGGGACUCCUACGAGAACUUGAGUGCAGACGGAGAAGUGUUGCACACGCACGGCCCCGUGGAUGGCAGCCUCUAUGCCAAGGUGAGGAAGAAGAGCACCUCCGACCCCGGCAUCCCCAGCGGCCCCCAGACGGGACCAGCCGCUGGCAGCCCGGAGCACGGCGAGCACACACUGUCGGUCAGCAGCGACUCGGGCCAUUCUACCGCCUCGGUCCGGACCGACAGGACGGAGGAGCGGCCGGCCCCGGGCGGCAGGAGGGGCCUGAGCCCCCAGGAGAAGGCGGAGUUGGACCAGCUUCUCCGCGGCUUCGGCCUGCAGGAGCCGGGGCCUGCCCUCAAAGACAUGGCCGACGCGCACAGCCAGGGCAGCGGGACGCGGCUGGUGGUGCCGGCCCAGGUCCACGUGAACGGGGACGCCGCGCUGAAGGAGACCGACAUCCUGGACGACGAGAUGCCGCACCACGACCUGCACAGCGUGGACAGCCUGGGCACCCUGUCCUCCUCGGAGGGGCCGCCGGCCCCCCUGGGCCCCUUCCCCUGCCACAAAAGCAGCCAGAACUCCCUCCUGUCCGAUGGCUUCGGCAGCCACGUGGGCGAGGAGCCGCUGUGUGCGCUGACCCCGGAGCUGGGCCUCGGCGUGGACGGCCUCUACGAGCGGGAGCGGACGUUCGGGGGCCGGGAGCCCAGGCAGCCGCCGCCGCCUCUGUGGAAGCCCUCGGUGUCAGCGCAGACGCAGGCCUACGGACCUGACGGCUACUCCACGCAGACCUGGGUGCGCCAGCAGCAGAUGGUGGCCGCCCAUCACUAUGGCCUUGCGCCCGCCGGGGAGGCCAGGCUCGUGGGCCGCGGCACUGCAGACAGCCCCAGCCUUAUCCAGGCACAGCCCAGCGUCCAGGUCUCCCCCAGCCGCACGGCCAGCAGCCGGGUGACCGCCCAGAGGGGCACUGGCACUGGACUGUGUGCACGCGACUCCCAGCUGCCGACACCCAGGAGUGCAGGGGACAGGGUCGUGAAUGGAGCUGGCCAGGAGCUGGGUGCAGGCCCCUCCCCGGGCUCCCCGACCCUGGACAUCGACCAGUCCAUCGAGCAGCUCAACAGGCUGAUCCUGGAGCUGGACCCCACCUUCGAGCCCAUCCCUACCCACAUGAACGCCCUGGGCGGCCCGGCCAGCGGCCCCGUGUACGUGGACGGCGUGGGAAGUGCGCUCCGGGCUGGCGGCAGGCUGCAAGGCUCCUCGGGUGACGAGCCCCCGGGCGGGAGACUGCGGAAGCGGAGCCUGGGCCAGUAUGACAACGAUGCCGGGGCACAGGUGCCCUUCUCCAGGUGUGGCCGGGGGAAACCAGCUGUGGACGCGGCCCCUGGCCUGGUGCCUUUCUCCUCUCCUGCAGACGUCAAAGAGACAGUGGUCACUGCAUACCCGCCAGACCUGGACGUGUGCGACGGCCGGGCGCCGAGUGGCAAGGAGCCUGUGUGUGCGACCCCGGUGUUCCCCGUGUCUCCAGAAACCGCGUACGGGAAGACGCCCCUGCGCUGUUCCCCGUUCAGCCCGCCCGAGGCCCUGCGGAGCAGCCCGGCCACGCCGCACCCAGGAGGGCACGAGCCCCGAGGCUGCCCCGAGAGCCUUGGUCACGCCGUGGGGAUGUCAGAGAGCCCCCUGGGACCCGCCCCCGCCAUGCUGGGGGCCGACGCCCCCGCCACACCCAGCUUCCAGCAGGCUUUCACAUCUUCCUGCAAGAUCUCGAGCAAUGGCCCGGGCCCCAGGAGAGCCAGCCCGUCCUCCGCAGAGCACCCGUGGCUGGAGAGCAGUCGGCCCGCAGGAGGACCCCUCAGCGCCCGCGAGUUCUCUGGCCCGAGCCCGGACCCCCCGGGGCUGCCCUGCUUCCUGCCUUCGGAGCUCCAGGCCUCUUUCCACAGCCACGAGCUGCCCCUGGUGGAGCGCCCCCCGAGCGGCCAGGCCUUCCUGGGCUUCGGCACCGGCCCCGUGGGCGGCAGCCUUCCACCCCGGGAGGACCCGGGGGCCGUGCUGGGCAACUGCCACACGGCGUCGCCGGUCCCUGGCACCCCGCUGACCGCAGCAGGCGCUGCUGACCACGGCUUCCUGUCCCACAACUUCCUCACGGUGGCGCCUGGCCACGGCCACCACAGCCCUGGUCUGCAGGGCCAGGGGCUGAGCCUGCCGGGGCAGCCGCCCCUCCCGGAGAAGAAGCGGGCCUCGGAGGGGGACCGCUCGCUGGGCUCCGUGUCCCCCUCGUCCAGUGGCUUCUCCAGCCCCCACAGCGGCAGCACCGUCAGCAUCCCCUUCCCCAGCGUCCUGCCGGACUUCAAGCCAUCAGACGCCGGCCCGUCCUUGCCAGACAGUCCAGGGGACAAGCUUGUGAUCGUGAAAUUUGUCCAGGACACUUCCAAGUUCUGGUACAAGGCAGACAUCUCCAGAGAGCAAGCCAUCGCCAUGCUGAAGGACAAGGAGCCUGGGUCGUUCAUUGUGCGUGACAGCCACUCCUUCCGCGGUGCCUACGGCCUGGCCAUGAAGGUGGCCACACCGCCUCCGUCCGUCUUGCAGAUGAACAAGAAAGGUGGAGACUUGGCCAACGAGCUCGUCCGGCACUUUCUGAUCGAGUGCACCCCCAAGGGGGUGCGGUUGAAAGGCUGCUCCAACGAGCCCUACUUCGGGAGCCUGACGGCCCUGGUGUGCCAGCACUCCAUCACGCCCUUGGCCUUGCCCUGCAAACUGCUCAUUCCCGAGAGAGAUCCGAUGGAGGAGAUCACGGAACAUUCUCCCCAGACGGCGGCCAACUCGGCGGCUGAGCUGCUGAAGCAGGGUGCAGGCUCUUCUUCCGGCGGCACUACCCCGUGAACAGCGUCAUCUUCUGCGCCCUGGACCCGCAGGACCGGAAGUGGAUCAAGGACAGCCCCACCUCCUCCAAAGUCUUUGGAUUCGUGGCCCGGAAGCAGGGCAGCGCCACGGACAACGUGUGCCACCUGUUCGCAGAGCACGACCCCGAGCAGCCAGCCAGCGCCAUUGUCAACUUUGUGUCCAAGGUCAUGAUCGGCUCUCCAAAGAAGCUCUGAGGCCCUCGUAGCCCAGACCUGGGGGCAGCAGUGGGACGCGAGGCGUGGCCCCCACUCUGUCCCGGACUGAUCACCUGACAUUCCAGCUCCGUGGACCCGAGCACAGACGUCCCCCAGAGCAGCCUUCCCCGAGCCUCCUCUCGGCCAGCACUUUCCGGCAAGCAAGUGCUUCUGGGUGGCCGGACCGCUCAGGGUCCACGUGGAAGGAGGACUUGGGAGCAGACAGCACAGAGGCGUGGCAGCCCCGAUUCCAGGCACCCAGGCCUGUGGGGCGAGGAGCGUGGCAGCCGCCCACGCGGCAGGUGCCGAGUGACCGCAAGGCCCGGCUUUGGGCAGGCACGCCCUCGUCCUGCAGCGCCCGCGCCUCCGACUCCCUCGCCACGGUCUUUGUGCCACAAAUGCUGAUGAGACUGACCGGGGCACGCAGGUUUGAUGAAGGUUUGUGCAGGUCGCCCCUUCCGGGGCACGGCGGGGACCCACACAAGGGGACGGCGUCCUGGACUGUGGGCCCCGCAUCUGGAGGACUGUGUGGUGUCAGAGUCUGCCCCCGCCAUCCUGUGUGGGAGCCGGGCCAGAGAGUCCAGGGAGACCCACACGAGGGAGGACAAGAGAAGGAAACGAGAUCGCCACUUCGGAAUAAUUUAUAUUCUACUUAUGCCAAAUUAUUUAUGCUGACGGUUUGCCAUGGCUACGCUGCACCAGUGUCAAAUGCUGCAGCCCGCCCACUGUGACCAGAGGACGCACCGUGUGCACCUGCUCCACACGUGGGGGCAUGGUAGACUCGGCCAGGCUGUAAAAUCCGCCUCACCGGCAGUGCCACCAGAACUUGGCUCUGCCUCCAGCCCCCACCCCGCCUCCACCGGCUGACUUCAUGGUGGGGGUGGGCCGUGGGGGUCGCCCUUGGGCCUCUCUCAGCAUCACCUGAUGCACCCUUGGCCUUCGUGGGAUCUCGCGAGGCUGCUUCUCGUUGCGCCCGUGGCUUCCCGGCAGGUCCUGUGUGCUUCUGCCGUGAUUGAGGGAGGAGGAGGAGGAAGGGCAGGAACCGAGAGCGUACAGGCCGUCUGCAGCGGAAGCCACCGAGCCAGUGCGUCACUUCCUGCCCAGACGCGUGACCCGGUGCCGGGCUUUUCUCGCCUCCCUCUGUGGUCCAAGGCGGGGAAGAGCCUGGGCCCCAGAUUCCCCAGAGCGAGAGGCGGAGCUGGGCCGUGGAAGCCACGCCUGGGCCUCCCCCGCCCCGUGCUGACCGGCUCACCGCGCUGGCAACGCGCAGGACCCGCCCAGAGCUCCUGCCGGCCCCACCGCGCCCAGGACCGGGCGGUUUGGAAGUGGGCUUUGCGCAUUCCCUGCUUUGGCGUGAGGGGCAGGGGAAGAGACAGGGAGGAGCAGAACUGGAUCCAACCCAGUCACGGUGGGUGUUGUCCGUGUGUGUGUGCACACGUGUGUGCACGGUGUGUGAGGGCAGGUGGGCCGUUCCACUUCGAUGCACCAAACUCAAGUGCCUCAUUUCUGUGCCAAAUGUUUGCCUUGGUCUUUGCGGACCUCCUUCCCCGACACGCUGGCGAGGCCGUCCGAGUGCAGAGCCUCCGCAGGCCCUGGUGCCUUCGCAGCCGCAGCCGGCGUUUCCGGCUUGCCCUCUGCAGGCAUCCAGCCAAGGGGAGCCGAGGUCCGGACAGCCCCGGUGCCCCGUCCUGAGCUGGUUUGUGCCCACAUUUGUUGCAGAGGCUGCGGGCCAGGCCCCUUCCGCCUGCCGAGAGCGGAGAGGGCAAGUCCCAGAUCUGAGCAGGGCAGGUGUGGGGAAGGGGCCCGUGGGCGACCCCGCCAGUGGCGCCUCCGCUACGCCCUUGGGAGCGCGGGCUUCUACCCUGACGAGAGCUGUCAGUGUCCCCAUCAGACAGCUCCCCCUGCGGGGCAUGCGGGAGCUUCCAGGGUUUCUGGGGGCUGGUACGUGUGUGUCUCGUGUGUACCGCCCAGAACAAGGCAAGGCUGCUCGUCGGCUGCGCCGUGUUCUCAGGGACACAGGAGAGGGACGUCCCCCGGUGUUGGCCUCUGCAGCCCCUGAUGGGCCGAGCGUGGGGUCCUGGGGAGGACCUGCGGUGGAUUCGCAGGGCUCGUGCCCGACCCGCGGCGGCCAGGGGCCCAUGAACCCGCUCGCUACAGUGUGUGCGCCUCCAGUGCUGCGCUGUCCCGCGGUGAAGUCGCCCUGCGUGUAUCUCAGUGUCCGAGACCGCGUAGCGUCUCGUCCGCCUUACCUGCCCGCGCAUAUUUGUACUUUCUGAUACUGUAAAGAAUAUACCCAGUAUGUAAAUGAAUGUGCUCUAACGCCUUGUAUGGUCACCUCUGCGCCUUACGCACCAUCUCCAUGCAGAGUGGAAUAAACCACGGCCUUGGUAUGCCUCGCUGAGAA